GGCGCCUGGCAGGGAGACAGACCUCGAGGGCUCCUCUGUGCGCCGCGCGUGCCGGUCGCUGCUUUACGGGCGCCGCGGCCUAGUGGGGCAGGCAGGCAGGGAGGGAGCGAGGAAGGCGCGGGCCGGCGGCGGCGGCGGUUCCCCACAGGGCGGGCAGGGCCGGGCGCGGGCGAGGCGAGGCGAGGCGAGGCGAGGCGGGCCGGGCUGGGCUGCCCCUCAGAGGUGGGCCGCCAUGGAGGCGGGCGCCGCGGCGGCGGCGGGCGGCAACUCGAAGGGCUCGGGCCUGGGCGGCCUCUUCGGCGCCGGGGGAAUGGCCGGGCCGGGCUAUUCCCACGCGGACCUGGCCGGAGUCCCCCUGACUGGAAUGAGCCCUCUGUCUCCAUAUUUAAAUGUGGACCCCAGAUACCUUAUACAGGACACAGAUGAAUUUAUUUUGCCCACUGGAGCUAGCAAAACCAGAGGAAGAUUUGAGCUGGCGUUCUUUACCAUUGGGGGAUGCUGUAUGACGGGAGCAGCGUUUGGUGCGCUGAACGGCCUGCGGCUGGGUUUGAAAGAGACACAAAGCAUGGCUUGGUCCAAACCUAGAAAUGUACAGAUUUUAAACAUGGUGACAAGACAAGGGGCAUUAUGGGCCAAUACUCUUGGAUCUCUAGCAUUGCUGUAUAGUGCGUUUGGAGUUAUCAUAGAGAAAACGAGAGGCGCAGAAGACGAUCUGAACACAGUGGCUGCUGGGACCAUGACAGGGAUGCUCUAUAAAAGCACAGGUGGAUUACGUGGGAUAGCAAGAGGCGGCAUCGCAGGACUGACACUGGCCAGCCUGUAUGCUCUCUAUAACAACUGGGAGCACAUGAAGGGUUCAGUGCAGAGGCAGUCCCUCUGAGCACAGCCGGGAACUGAAUAUCCUCCUGUAUAGUGCGGUCAGACUUGUGUCCCUUCUGUAUAGCAUGGCGUGGAAUGAAUAUGGAUGAACUGCAGAAUCUCGCUGUGACGACGCGGCUACCUGGACUUGCACAUCCUUUGAGCUGAAACCCUGCAAAAGUUACCUGGAGGAGGAAUGUGGCUGUCAGUUUCAAGGUCUCGUCUGCACAGCACAUUCGCUAUUGUUUGGACCAGAGUUACUGUAUUAAUUUGGGUCAUGUAAUCAUCUGCGCACUGCGAUCAGGUUCCUGUGGUGGUAUCAUUGCUGUAUUUGAAUAAAAUGUGUGUGCUUAAAGAUA